AUGGCCAAGGUCGCACANAAAGCAGUCCUCAUCUGCAUUGACGGAUGGGGUGUCGCCGGCGAGAGCUCGCCCGACAAGGGCAACGCCAUCCUCAACGCCGACACUCCCUGGAUGGACGAGUUCGCCAAGCAGGGCAGCAAGAUCACUCAAGGCUACACCGAGCUCGAGGCCUCUUCGCUUGCCGUCGGUCUCCCCGAGGGCCUCAUGGGCAACAGUGAAGUCGGACACUUGAACAUUGGCGCCGGCAGAGUCGUCUGGCAGGACGUUGUCCGCAUCGACCAGACCAUCAAGAAGGGCGAACUCAACAAGGUCGACAACAUCAUCAAGAGCUUCACCCGCGCAAAGGAGGGCAAUGGUCGCCUGCACCUGCUCGGUCUCGUGUCUGACGGCGGUGUCCACUCGCACAUCAACCACCUGCUCAGACUCCUCGAGGUCGCCAAGGAGGUCGGCGUGCCCGAGGUCUACAUCCACUUCUUCGGCGACGGCCGCGACACCGACCCCAAGUCUGGCGCCGGCCACAUGCAGACCGUCCUCGACCACACCAACAAGCUCGGCCUCGGCAAGAUCGCCACUGUCGUCGGUCGCUACUACGCCAUGGACCGUGACAAGCGCUGGGACCGCGUUGAGCAGGCCAUGAACGGCAUUGUCAAGGGCGAGGGCGAGGAGUCGUCCGACCCCGUCAAGGCCAUCAAGGCCCGCUACGAGCAGGGCGAGACCGACGAGUUCCUCAAGCCCAUCAUUGUCAACGGCAAGGACGGCAGACUCCAGGGUAUGUCCACUCUUCCUUCCUCCAUCAUUCUUACUAAUCCAUGCGCCNNAGACAACGACACCCUCUUCUUCUUCAACUACCGCAGCGACCGUGUCCGUGAGAUCACCCAGCUCAUCGGCGACCAGGACCGCAGCCCCAAGCCCGACUUCCCCUACCCCUCCAACAUGCACGUCACCACCAUGACCCGCUACAAGACCGACUACACCUUCCCCCUCGCCUUCGCUCCCCAGACCAUGGACAACGUCCUCGCCGAGUGGCUCGCCAAGCAGAAGGUCCACCAGUGCCACGUCGCCGAGACCGAGAAGUACGCCCACGUAACAUUCUUCUUCAACGGUGGUGUUGAGGUCCAGUUCGACAACGAGCACAGAGACAUGGUCCCCUCGCCUCGCGUCCCCACCUACGACAAGGAGCCCAAGAUGAGCGCCAUGGCCGUCGCCGACAAGCUUUGUGAGCGCAUCAAGGAGGGCAAGUUCGAGUUCCUCAUGAACAACUUCGCUCCCCCAGACAUGGUUGGCCACACCGGUGUCUACGACGCUGCUGUCAUUGCUUGCACCGAGACCGACAAAGCCAUUGGUAAGGUCUACGAGCAAUGCAAGGAGAGCGGCUACACCCUCUUCAUCACCGCCGACCACGGAAACGCUGAGGAGAUGCUCAACGAGAAGAACACNCCCAAGACCUCGCACACUCUGAACAAGGUUCCUUUCGUCAUGGCCAACGCUCCUGAGGGCUACAGCCUCAAGAAGACCGAUGGUGUUCUUGGUGAUGUCGCUCCCACCGUUCUUGCUGUCAUGGGUCUUCCCCAGCCCGACGAAAUGACUGGCUCCAGCUUGUUGAUCAAGUCGUAG